AUGAAACUGGGCCAAUUAUCGCCCACUAAGGGCUUCCUGGCACCCCCAAAACCAUUUCAGAAAGCAGAUGACGAGAAUUCCCGUUCGCGAUCGUCUAGUUUUUCGCGGAUUUUCUCAUCCAGUGACAGCUCUCCGCGCAGAAAGGGUCCACCUUUGGAAGAACUCUCGACCGCAGCAAUCCCGCCAGAACUGGUACCAAUUGUCACCCUUUUGUCUGCACAGACUCACCGGCGCUAUCAUGAGGGUGUUUUUCUUAUACUCAAAGAUCUAAACAGUGACGGGUCGCCAGCUGCUCGCACCUGGAAAGAAGUGUACGGUGUCCUAAUCGGCACUCAACUUGCUGUAUGGGAUGCACGCGUGUUAGCCGAAAACGGUGGGGAUUCUGAAGAGCUUCUGAAAGCUACGGCGAAGCCCACGUACAUAAAUUUCACGGAUGCUUCGUUCCGUCCUUUGGAUCCGAAAGACGCUGUGAUCGGAGAUGGCAAAAAGCAGCUCAAGCACACGAUAGUGGCAUCUACGACACUAAAAAACAGGUAUUUUUUGCAGUUUAGCGACGCUGACGCUUUUGCUCAGUGGCACGCCUCGCUCAGGUUGAGUGCCUUUGAAUUUACUGCACUACAAGAAGCCUACACCGGUGCAUUCUUGUCCACAAAAGGUGCGAAAUUGGGUGAUAUUAGAGUGAUCCUGGCAGACACAAAAUUCAAUUACGAAGACUGGGUCAGCGUAAGAUUUGGAGCUGGAAUGCCCUGGAAGCGUUGCUACGCAGUUAUCUCUCAACCCACAAGAAAGAGCAAAACGAAGCGGAUAUGUGGCGAAAUCAACUUUUAUGAGAACGAAAAAAAGACCAAAAAGAAUCAGGUCAUGACAACUGUCAGCGACGCUUGUGCCGUAUACGCCAUUUACCCAUCAUCUCCUGUGCUUAUUGACACCUCAACAAUGAUCAAAUUAGAGGGUCGCGUGUCCUUUGGGAAAAAGGACACCCCAAAGGAAACAGACAUUUUUAUCAUGCCAGAAAAGCACUACGCUGUGCCCGGUUACGAUACUAUCAUCAGGUUUUUGAUACCGACUAUGAAUGCUUUCCAGCUGUAUGGGAGACCCAAGCGGCUGAUUGCAGACAGACAUGAUUUGAACUCGCUACUAUUUGGACUGCCAACGCUGCCUCACGUUCAUUUCCUUCAGAAGGAAGAUGUUCUCUCUAUGGCCGGCUCGAAAUCCAAUAUGGAAUUGUCAGUUUUGGAGUGGAGAAAUAAAAUCAAGGAAGUUUUGUUGAAAAAAGUCAGUGCUGGUUACACUGGUUGUGGAUCAAGUGAGGGUUUAAAUGGUGCUUUGGCUUCUCCGGCCAUUGGUUCCAAUGAGUUAUUCGAUAGUUCGCCGAUACAGACCUCUCCAUUAAUGGCGUCUGUGUCGAGGUUCCCUUCGGACAACCAACCCACCAAAUCGAGUCUAAGAAACACCUCAGGAAUUUCAAAAGGUGUGAAUUAUUCUACAUCUCAAGAUAACGUUUCGUCCGUUUACACAGGUGAAAAUAGGUCACCUCAAAGAUCUGUCGAGGGCCUCGGAGUUCCUACAGCAAGAAUGAACACUCCAGAGAGAGUCGAAAGACUCAAGAAAGCGGCGCCGACCAUUGAAAUCGAGCAAUCAAAUUUUAGUGACUUCGAAAGGGCAGCGAAACCGCAUGCUUUAGAUGCUGCGGUCAGAAAAUCUGAGCUAUCAACAAUAUAUGACAAGUACGCUCAGGUGCCGUUCGGAACUUCCGAUCACAGUCUCCCACCAUCGAAUUUUGGCGACACUGCUGACUCGGCUGGAGCUUAUGAGAACUACACCGGCUCACCUAGAGUCAAAAAAUUGGAUAUUUCCAACUUACGAGACUCUAACAGUACGGACCAAACCGACAUGUCUAGAGCUUUGCAUGGUGAAGGUGGUAGAACCAGUAAUGCCAACAGCUUUUAUUCCGAAGGAAGAAACUCUCAUACCGAAAACUCUGUUCAAGACGAUGUGUUGGAAGAUUUCUACAGCUUGUCUCAGCAAAUUUCACAAAUGGGGUUAGAAAGCAAAAACAUCUCCCAUGCUGAUGUUAGUGCUGGUGCAAACGACAGAGGGGCAGAUGAUUUCAAUUUUGAAGCCGCCAGUAGCAACAACUCGCUUGACAACGUAUUUGAUCCAGACUACUUGGAACAAAAUCAGAUGCUGGACAACGAAAGUCAUUACACUAACAAUGAUAGCCAUCAUACAAGCAACGAAAAUCAAUUUCGCUAUGGGGCUGGUAACCCUAGCCAGCAGUCUCUGGCUGCGUCCGAGGCUAGCAAAGGAGCUUCACUCAGCCAUGGACAACAGCCCACAGGCGGGGUACAAUCUCUGGUUAUUCCAAAGCAAAGGGCCCAACAACAAAAUGUCACUCCUACUUCACAAAAAUUUUAUGCUCAAGAGGGAAAUAUAAGCCAAACAGGUAUUGGAAUUGCUCCCGGUUCCAGUGAGAAACCCGUGCACAUGAAACAUUCUCCUGGCUAUGCCAAUUUGAAUGCUGUGGGUCCCAAUAGAACCGCGGUGUCUCCACUGCAUGGUAAACACCCUGUUCCCGUUCCUGCAGGUAGUCCUGGACCUCACCGUCGUCCUGCUCCGCGUGGUGCACCCAUGGGUGUUCCGCAACAGGUGCCAAUGUCCCAGCAAAUGCCAAUAUCGCAACAAGUCCCAGUUAUGCCCCAGAUGCCUAUGUCCGUGCCUGUGCCACCUUCACAGCAUCCAGUUCAUCCCGUGGCUACUGGGAGUUUUGGCCCAAGAGCGUACGCUCCUGCCCCUGCUCAUAAUGUUGGCAUGGCCGGCCCCUACGGUCGGCAGGUCCCACUUAACGCUGGGGGCAUGCCACCUCCCGGUGGUCAGCCGGUGUAUGCCAGGGGACCGGUGUAUGGCCAACCUCCUUCGCACAUUAAGCCAGUGCGUCCUCCUGGUCAGCAAACUGCAUCCACGAGACCACCAGCUCAAAAGCCUCGGGCCCCGAUGGCAGGCGGGUUUUCCCAAUUUAUGCCGGCAACAGCAAACAACCCUAACCCCUACAGUGCCAAUCCGUACCAGCAGUAG